AUGCUGAACAUCUCAACUGCUUCCCUAAAUCUGUCAAACUACUGCAAUGGAACAGCAGAACCCGCCCUCGACCCCGUGACCUGGGAGGGGGCCAUGAUAACCCUAAUCACCGUCCCACUGUCCCUUCUCACCAUCAUAGGCAACAUCCUGGUCAUCAUCUCCUUCCGGAUAAAUCCUCAGCUUCGAACCGUCAGCAAUUACUUCCUGCUGAGUUUGGCCAUAGCUGAUCUCAUCUUGGGCACAGUAUCGAUGAACCUCUACACAACCUAUAUCCUCAUUGGACGCUGGAUAUUGGGCAAUUUGGCUUGUGACGUCUGGUUGGCUGUGGACUAUGUAGCAAGCAACGCCUCUGUCAUGAAUUUACUGGCUAUUAGCUUUGAUCGUUACCUGUCGGUCACCAGGCCCCUAACCUAUCGGGCCACCAGGACACCCAGGCGAGCAGCUGUGAUGAUUACUUUGGCCUGGGUCGUGUCACUAAUACUCUGGGCCCCAGCCAUCUUGUUCUGGCAGUACAUCGUUGGGGAGAGGACAGUUCCGGAAGGCCAGUGCUUUAUUCAGUUUCUGUCCGAGCCCGUGAUCACAUUUGGGACAGCCAUUGCUGCUUUUUAUCUCCCCGUCACUGUUAUGAUGGUCCUGUACUGGAGGAUCUACCGCAAGACAGAGAAACGGUCGCAGCAGCUGGCUGGAUUAAUAGGAUCAGAAGGUCGAAACACCAGCACAACAUCACAGAACUCCAGUCGUCAGCAGUCACACUCAGGUAGCAGCAAUACCAGCAGUUUUGGAGAGGCACAGAUCCAGAUCAAUGCUGAGCCCAAGCCAAAACGAUACCAGAGCAGAGACAGAAGGGGCAAACUCUGCCCUGUCUUAGCUCGCUGUGCUACAGCAUGGUGGAACAGAAGGCAGGGUGACACCAAGACCACCUCACAGACCGGCAGCUAUAACAGAGAGGACAGUCGGGAUGAAAACGACAAGUUUCCUCACAUUCCACUGGUUCGAAUCAGCUCCAGUCAGAACUGUGCAAACGACUCUCAGGAAGAGGCUUGCCCUUCCUUAGGGAUGUGUCAAACAGACAGUCAGCUUUUCCUCGACCCAACUUUUAGCGCCUCUGGUUCCCGUUCGGCCGCGGGCGCCCAGCGCGCGUCUAUCGUCGCGGCGGCCGCGUCAAAAAGCCGUAAGGCUAAGACCUCGACCCUGAUCAGGGAGAAGAAAGCGGCGCGGACCCUCUGCGCCAUCCUCCUGGCGUUCAUCAUUACCUGGACCCCGUACAACAUCAUGGUGCUCGUGUCUACGUUUUGUGAGAACUGCGUUCCAGAGAGACUCUGGCAGCUGGGCUACUGGCUCUGUUAUGUCAACAGCACAGCCAACCCAGUCUGUUAUGCACUCUGCAACACACACUUCCGAGACACCUUCAAAGCUCUGCUGCUUUGCAGAUGGAGGGAAGAGAUGAAGAGGAGAAGGUGGGCCCAACCAGGGGGCGGCUGGUAA